CUCCGGCGCUGCACAGGCGGGCGGGCUCCGCAGCGGAGCUCAGAUGGAGAACCUGGAUAGUCAGAAUUCUGAUAACUGUGAUGCUCCUCUGGCGUCCUCCUUGCCCCGGGCUUCCUUCACCAGUUCCUCAGAGCUGUCUAGUAGCCAUGGCCCUGGCUUUGCAAGUCUUAAUCGCAGGGAUGGAGCUGGUGGCUGGUCGCCUCUUGUGUCAAAUCAAUACCAGUGGCUGCAGAUUGACCUUGGAGAGAGAAUGGAGGUCACAGCCGUGGCCACCCAGGGAGGGUAUGGGAGCUCCGACUGGGUGAGCAGCUACCUCCUGAUGUUCAGCGACGGCGGGAGGAGCUGGAAGCAGUAUCGCCGAGAGGAGAGCAUCCGGGGUUUUCCAGGAAACACAAAUGCAGACAGCGUGGUACACUACAGACUCCAGCCGACCUUCGAAGCCAGAUUCCUGCGCUUCCUCCCCUUAACCUGGAGCCCCAAAGGCAGGAUUGGGAUGCGGAUUGAAGUGUAUGGAUGUGCCUACAGAUCUGAGAUGGUUCAUUUUGAUGGGAAGAGUUCUUUGCUGUACACAUUUAAUCAUAAAUCCAUAAAUCCAAUCAAAGAAGUUAUUUCUCUGAAAUUUAAAACCAGAGAGAACAAUGGGAUUCUACUCCACAGAGAAGGACCAAAUGACAAACACUUCACCCUGGAGUUAGUUAAAGGAAAACUCAUCUUAUUCCUUAAUUCAGGUCAUGCUAGCUCGCCCUCGCCUGAUGCCCUCAUGCUGGGCAGUUUGCUGGAUGAUGAGCAUUGGCAUUCUGUUCUCAUUGAGCUCCUCAGUACAGACGUCAACUUCACUGUGGACACACACACUCAUCAUUUUCAGGCGAAAGGAGACUCCAACUAUGUGGAUCUCGACUAUAAGAUCAGCUUCGGAGGGAUUCCUGGACAUGGAAAAUCAGUGGCAUUCCCACAUAAAAACUUUCAUGGCUGCUUUGAAAAUCUCUAUUUUAAUGGAGUGGAUAUCAUUGAUUUGUCCAAGAAACACAAGCCACAGGUCCUCAUCAUGGGAAACGUGUCCUUCUCCUGCUCACACACGGAGACUGUCCCCAUGACUUUUCUGAGCUCCAGGAGCUACUUGGUGCUGCCAGGCACUCCGGGAGAGGACAAAGUGUCUGUGAUCUUUCAAUUUCGAACAUGGAACAGAGCGGGACUGCUGCUGACCAGUCAGCUUCAGCAUAGGUCAGGAGCGCUCAUCCUUGUUCUUAGUGAUGGAAAACUCAAGCUGAGUCUCUCCCAGCCGGGACAUCCAGCCAGGGACAUCACAGCAGGUGCUGGAUUAAAUGAUGGGCAGUGGCAUUCUGUGUCCUUAUCUGCAAGAGGGAAUCACCUGAGUGUGAUGGUGGAUGGUGAGGCAGCCUCCAUGGCCCAUUCCUUGCGUGGGCAGAUUGAGUCAGGCGACACCUACUAUCUGGGGGGCUGUCCUGACAACAGCAGCUCUCACCCUGGGUGUGCUGUUUCCGCGGGUGGAUUUCAGGGCUGCCUGAGGCUCAUUUCCAUUGGCGACGAAGCAGUGGAUCCCAUCUCCGUUCAGCAGGGGACGCUAGGGAGUUUCCGUGACCUCCAGAUAGACACCUGUGGCCUCACAGAUAGGUGUCUGCCCAGCUACUGUGAACACGGGGGUGAAUGUUCCCAGUCCUGGAGCACCUUCUCCUGCGACUGCGCACACACCGGUUACACGGGCGCCACUUGCCACUCCCCUCUCUACGAGCAGUCGUGCGAAGCCCACUGGCACAGAGGAAACUCUUCAGGGCUCUAUUAUAUCGACUCAGAUGGAAGUGGCCCUCUGGAACCAUCCCUGGUAUAUUGCAACAUGACAGACACUGCGUGGACCUCAGUGCAACACAACGGCUCCCACUUGGUCAGGGUCAAAAGCUUGAGUGGAGAAAGCCCCCAUCCAGUGUUCUUCAAGUACACGGCCAGCAUGGACCAGCUCCAGACCAUCAUUGACUAUGCGGACAACUGCCAGCAGGAGCUGACUUUCCACUGCAAGAAGUCAAGGCUUUCAACUCCCCAAGAUGGAACCCCAGUGAGCUGGUGGGUUGGAAGAACCAAUGAAACACACACUUACUGGGGAGGUUCUCAGCCUGAUGCUCACAAAUGUACUUGUGGAUUAGAGGGCAACUGCAUUGAUUCUCAAUAUUACUGCAACUGUGAUGCUGACCGGAAUGAAUGGACCAGCAGCACAGUAGUCCUUUCCCACAAGAGGCACCUGCCGGUCACUCAGGUUGCGAUGAGCGGCGGAGGGCGGCCACAGCCUGGAGCGGCUUACGCCCUGGGCCCUCUGCUCUGCUCCGGGGACAAUUCAUUUUGGAAUUCAGCUUCUUUCAAUACUGAGACUUCAUACCUUCAUUUCCCCACGUUCCGAGGAGAGCUGAGUGCUGACGUAUCUUUCUUUUUUAAGACCACAGCCUCUUCAGGGGUGUUUUUAGAGAACCUGGGAAUCACAGACUUCAUCAGGCUAGAGCUGCGCGCCCCAACAGAAGUGGCCUUUUCCUUUGAUGUGGGGAACGGGCCUCGUGAGGUCACGGUGCAGUCCCCCACUGCCUUUAAUGACAACCGGUGGUACCACGUGAGGGCAGACCGCAACGUGAAAGAAGCGUCCCUCCAAGUGGGCCAGCACCCGCGCAAGACGCAGCCCGCGCCCGCUGCCGGGCACGCCCGCCUGCAGCUCAACAGCCAGCUUUUCGUGGGUGGAACCGCAAGCCGACAGAGAGGCUUCCUGGGGUGCAUUCGGUCUCUGCGAUUGAACGGGCUGGCCCUGGAUCUGGAAGAAAGAGCCACGAUGACCCCAGGGGUGGAGCCAGGGUGCCCAGGACACUGCAGCACCUACGGUCACCUGUGUCACAACGGGGGGAGGUGUAGAGAAAAGCACAGAGGGAUCUCGUGUGACUGCACCUUCUCUGCGUACGACGGGCCGUUCUGCGAGAAGGACAUUUCUGCCUAUUUUGGAGCUGGCUCCUCAGUGAUCUACAAUUUUCAAGAACAUUACAAUGACACCUUUAGCAAGAACUCCAGCUCCUUCAUGGCUUUAUUUCAUGAGGAUCUGACGUUGACAGGAGAAGUGGCCACACUGAGCUUCCGGACCACAGGGACACCCAGCUCACUGCUCUAUGUGAGCUCAUUCUAUGAGGAAUACCUUUCAGUCAUCCUUGCCCCAAAUGGAAGUUUGCAGAUCAGGUAUAAGCUAGACAGACACCGAGACCCUGACGUUUUUAAUUUUGGUUUUAAAAAUCUGGCUGAUGGGCAGCUUCACCACGUGAGGAUUAACAGAGAAGCAGCAGUGAUGUCUGUAGAGGUUAACCAGAAUGCAAGGAGACAAGUCAUCCUGUCUUCAGGGACAGAAUUCGAUGCUGUCAAGUCCAUUAUGUUGGGGACAGUUUUAGAGCCCCUCGGCGCGGACCCGGACACGCUGCGGGCGGGCGCGCGCGGCUUCACCGGCUGCCUUUCCGCGGUGCGCUUCGGGCCCGCGGUCCCUCUGAAGGCGGCGCUGCGCGCUGGCGGCCGCGCCCAGGUCACCGUCCGCGGACACGUGGCCCCCGCGCCCGGCUGCGCGGAUGGGGCGGGGCCCGGAGCCCCGGCGCGGGAGGCCACCCGCCCUCUCGCCGGCGGUGCAGGUCGUUCUGGACCAACAGAUGAGGGACAGCCCUUAGUUAAUGCGGACAGAAGUGACUCCGCGGUCAUCGGAGGUGUGAUAGCGGUUGUGAUAUUUAUUUUGCUCUGCAUCACUGCCAUUGCUAUACGCAUUUAUCAACAGAGAUGGCUAUACCAAAAAAAUGAAACAAAUAUUCCAAAAACUGGAGACAAUGCUGAAACUGCUCUGAAAAGUGAGCUCAACAUGCAAAGUACAGUCAAUGAAAGCCAGAAAGAGUAUUUCUUCUGAUUUGCUGUUGUGAUUUACUGAUCACUAACUAUGACGAUGUGACUUUCUUGCUAAGCCAGGGGCUCCCAGUGGAUGAAACCCACCUGUUGUCCUUCUGGGACAGGCAGUGGGGGUCCAGCGCCAUCAGCUUGCUCACAAACAGCCCCUGGAGGCUCUGCUCAGGCCCCUUCUUGAUCCAUCGAUGUAACAGUGACUCAGCGUGCUCAUUCAUCACUGGUUGGCAGUUUCUGACUGUUCUGACUUGAUCUUCUAGAAGGCAAAUGUAUUUUACAUAAUUACUUCGGGCUUUAAGUGAGAAGAAGGAUUCAAGCUGUGACCAUACUCUCUUAAAAAUACAACAUGGAAGUUUAUCAACGUUGGACUCUAAUGUUUUGUGUUACAUGGAAACCUACAGGAAGCUUCCUUUAUCCAUCACUUGCUGACAUUUAUAAACCAGGAAGUGCUUCUCAGAUGGCCUUCAGCUGCAUUUCCGUAUUCCUGUGAACCAGAGCCCAUUGGCCAAACACUGGAGAAAACAUGUUUUUGGCUGAUUGUUUUUCCUUUUGUGUCUUUUAAAUCAGUUUUGAUACACUUUAAUAAUGAAAUGAGUGUUGAAUGUCAGCUAUGAAAUUCUACUAUUAACUUCAGAUGUGGAACAGAGAAUUCAUGGGUAGAAAAAUGUGUAAAGGAUUUUAAUCUGUGAUAAUUUGCUUAUUUUUCUUUGUGAUUUGUCAUUAUAUUCUUUGUAAAUAGUAAUAA